GUAAUGCCAGUACCGCCUCAACCUGCGCCAUCUUUUUGGAACCCACCUGCACCACAACCACAGUUUUUUCCACAAUUUCUACCACAGCCUUUACCUCAGCAAGCUGCAAAUUUGCCAAUGUGGAUACCAUCUCAGCAAUAUAUUACCCCUUAUCAGUUUAUUCCACAACAAUCGAGUUGUCAGACAGGUGCUACAUAUCCAUUUUCUCAAUGUGGAAAUCAACAAUCUACAGAUUGUUCUGGAUGUUACUUCUGUAAUGGAGUAUAUAAUCCACAACAAUGUGCCUUUAGUCCAAGUUGUCCUUUACCAUGCCGAAUAAGAGGAUGAUUAUAACAAAAUAAAUAUUUGUAAACAUUAGCACAAACCCACAAACUACCAAAGAAACAGAUAGGUACUGCCAAUAAUAAUAAUCUCUAUAAUAUUUUAUAUGUAGUGAUUACGUUAACAAAGUGUAACAUGCCACGCUUUAAACAAUAAUAUUUUUACUAUCUUUUAAGUAGGUAAUGUUUUAUUAAAUCAAUUCUUAUAA